AAACUAGCACAUACACCAUGCAAAGGUACAAGCUCAUAUCUCGAUGUACCAUGUCCAUGACGACGUUGCAAAUCAUGCAUGCAUUAGGAGCUGAGUAGUUUUGCGCUGCAUAUUUUGUUAAUUUCUGAAAUUCAUUGCGCGUCGAUCGAUCGUAGCAGCAUCACAUAUUUGCAUUGGCUUCUUGCUCUCUUCCUUGCAGCCGUCGUUGUCUCUUACCUUGAACGUGUGUCCCUGGCUGGUCCAUGAUUGUAUAUACGGACAGGAGAAGUGUCCCCCGCCUCAAUCGUUAGGAGACAGAGCGAUGGCGUUUCCUUUUCCUUGUUGGCUUCUUUUGUGUGGGAAAUACCAAUUCCAUUUCGCCAGCCGACUUGGUCCAAACAAGGAAAAGUAUUCCACUGCACGGGAGACUCGACGCUCGACAGUUUACUUCAGAACAAGUUCCUGGCUGGAGGAAGGAGAAAGCACAACAGCCAUUGGAUAUAUAUAUAUAUAUCGGACGACUUAAAGAAUCAACUUAUCACACAUGCAAAUUCCAAGCCAGUUUAGCUGGAUGUCAAUCACCUAAUAUAAUUCAAUUUCCGAGAAAGUAAGCAACAGCCGCCGGCCCGCCAGGGAAGUAGCAGCCUCUUGGUCUAUCUUAGGGAUGCAGACCCGCCGAAUGUCUAUCCUAUGGGUGCAUGCUCACCGAGUGACUAUCUUAGGGGUCACUCUGUGCGUUCGGUUUAUUCAGUUUACAUGGUUCAGUUUAUACGGUUUUUCGGUUUGUAUGGUAUUAAUACUUCGGUAAUACGGUAUGAAAUUAAAACGGUAUAUAUCAAAUUAUUUCGGUAUGGUUUCGGUAUAUACCAUAAUAACCAAAGUUGACACGAAUUUGAAAAUGACGUAAUAAUAAUUUGCAAAUUUAUGACUCAAAACACAUACUGUUUUACACAAAUAGUAUAUAAAUAAAUAUAUAUAUAUAUAUAUAUAUAUAUAUAUGUAAGUAUAUAUGCAUGCAUUGAUACAUCUAUUGAUGGUUAUGGACGUGCUUAGCAUUUUAAAAAGAGAAAAAUGACUAUGUUACCAGAAAAAUUUAUGGGCUUAGUAGGGAAUUUGACUCGUAUACAAGAAAAAUGACAACUUGUAUGGUUUGUAUGGUUGUUCAUCUCAAGAAAUAUAAAUUUAUUUUUUACUUCAGUUUAUUCGGUUAACCGUUCGGUUUUCGGUAUAUACCAUAAAAACCAAAGUUCAAAUCGGUAUGAAAAAUUCAUACCAUACCGAAACCAGAAACCAUAAAAACCGUAAAAUUGGUUUGGUUCGGUUUAUUUUCGGUAUGGUUUUUCGGUUCGGUUUUCAUAUGCACAGAGUGACUUAGUGGUGCCGGGGGCGCCAUCGGCCACGGGCGGCGACAUCAGGCAGUUAGGCCGGUGGUAGCUGGGGGCUCGGGCUAGAAGAUGAACAGAAGUACAUUUUGAAGGUGUAGAAGAAAAACAGAAGAAAAAAAAUGAGUUGGGUUCUAGCCCUUGGUUCUGCGGCGGACAGCUUCUACUGGUCUCUAGUCAGUCCCAUUCUAAUUUACCUGCACGGUCUCAAAACAAAAGCCGAGUUCUCCGUCGAUCAUCAUCAGCUUACAUCUCCCUGCAAAAAGAAAAAGAAAAACUUACAUCACUUGCGCACUCUCCCCAUGCAGAAACGCCAGAUAUCGUUGUAGCUGGUAAUUAAGCUGCGCAGUCGUGUAAUCACGCCAUUCGUCUGGCAACAAGACAAGGCGCGUGCGUGUGCGCGCACCAGAUUAAUGAAGUAGGCAAAUUUUGACUAAGCGUUGGCAACAAAUUUCAUAAGCACGAGCCGCCGGCAGGCCGGCGGCUAAGAGAUAAGGACGGAUUUCAUAAGCUAGUCCCAUCCCGGGCAGGGCCGAAGGCUUGCGAUCUUGGCACGACGUACCACCAUGGAUCAAUAAUGGGGUCACGCCGAUGUCGACGACGGGAUCAUGAUUAUGGCGCAGGACACCCAAGAAAUGGGAGUGAUAGCUCGCAGGACACCCAAGGAAUUAGCUACUAGCUAGAGGUAAGUGAUUAUGGCGCAAAAGCAGGCCGGCGUGGCGACGAGCGGCGGCCGCAAGGCCAAGCCGCACGCGGUGGUGGUGGUGUACCCGCUGCAGGGCCACGUCAUCCCCGUGACGCACCUCGCGCUGCGGCUGGCGGCGCGGGGCUUCGCCGUCACGGUCGUCAACACGGAGGCCGUGCACGACCAGACGGCGCGUGCGCUCGGCGUCGACCCGGCCGGGCACGACUUCUUCGCCGGCGCGCGCGCGUCGGGGAUGGACGUGCGCUACGAGCUUAUCAGCGACGGCCUUCCCGUGGGGUUCGACCGGUCGCUGCACCACGACGAGUUCAUGGGCUCGCUGCUCCACGCGCUCUCCGGCCAUGUCGAGGAGGUGCUCGGCCGCGUCGUCGUCGACCCGGCCGCUACGUGCCUCGUCGCCGACACCUUCUUCGUGUGGCCGGCGACGCUGGCCAGGAAGUUCGGCAUCGCGUACGUGUCCUUCUGGACUGAGCCCGCGCUCAUCUUCAACCUCUACUACCACGUUCACCUGCUCACCAACAACGGCCAUUUCGGAUGCAACGGUGAAAAAUACGAUUUUUGGAAUCCACUCCAAUAUGCUUAUGUUUCAAUUCAAUAAAGUGCCACUAAUAUUUUUGCCAAGUACUCCCUCCGAAAAAAUAUAAGGGUGGUUAGAUCACUAAAGUGAAGGAGUAGUAGUAAAUUUGGCUGCUGCAAAAUGGUUUGCCAUGCCAUCGAUUUUGAAGUUAUU